AUGGCCGCAAACAUGAAGAAUCUUAUAUUCACAGCAACCAUACUACUAUGGCAGAUGGUUUUGGGCCUAACUCCCGCGGAAUGGCGCAGUCAAUCGAUCUAUUUCCUGUUGACGGAUAGAUUCGGACGCAGCGACAAUUCAGUCACUGCUACCUGCAAUGUUAACGACAGAAUUUAUUGUGGUGGCAGUUGGCAGGGUAUUAUCAACCAAUUGGAUUAUAUCCAGGGAAUGGGCUUUACUGCUAUUUGGAUCACUCCAGUGACCAAACAGCUCUCACAAAACACUGGCGAUGGCACGUCCUAUCAUGGGUACUGGCAGCAAGAUAUAUACGAUGUCAAUCCAAACCAUGGUACAUCCGAUGAUCUCUUAGCACUCUCGAAGGCACUGCACGCUCGAGGCAUGUAUCUCAUGGUUGAUGUUGUGGCAAAUCACAUGGGCUAUGCUGGGGCUGGAAAUACUGUGGAUUACAGUGUUUUCGCUCCCUUUAGUUCUUCAUCUUACUUCCACCCCUACUGUUUGAUCAGUAACUACGAUGACCAGUCUAAUGUCGAGAAUUGUUGGCUUGGCGACACCACUGUCUCGCUGCCAGAUCUCGACACAACCCAGAGCUCAGUGCAGACCCUUUGGAACAAUUGGAUUGGGGAUUUAGUGUCUAAGUACUCUAUUGAUGGAUUGCGCGUCGAUACUGUGAAGCAUGUCCAAAAGUCCUUCUGGCCUGGGUUCAAUGACGCAGCAGGCGUAUACGCUGUCGGGGAGGUUUUCGAUGGAGAUCCAGCUUACACCUGCGACUAUCAGAACUACAUUGACGGUGUCUUGAAUUACCCCAUCUAUUACCCACUGCUACGGGCGUUCCAAUCUUCCAGUGGCAGCAUUAGCGAUUUGUAUAACAUGAUCGGCACCGUGGCUUCUGAUUGUGCCGAUUCAACUCUGCUGGGCAAUUUCAUCGAGAAUCACGACAACCCACGUUUUCCAAGCUACACAAGUGACUACUCACAGGCCAAGAAUGUGAUCUCGUUCCUCUUUUUGUCGGACGGUAUUCCCAUUGUAUAUUCAGGCCAGGAACAGCAUUAUAGUGGUGGAAGUGACCCCGCCAACCGAGAAGCUAUCUGGUUGUCGGGAUACUCUACCACAGUAGAGUUAUAUCAAUAUAUCGCAACUACGAACAAGAUCCGCAAAGCGGCUAUUGCAGCAGACUCCACCUAUAUCACGACAAAGAAUGUCCCCUUCUAUCAAGACAGCAAUACGCUAGCCAUGAAGAAGGGAUCUGGCAGCUCGCCGGUCAUUACGGUGCUUUCCAACGCUGGGUCUUCUGGGUCCUCCUACACAUUGUCUUUAAGUGGGAGCGGGUAUUCAUCCGGUGCCAAGCUGCUGGAGAUGUACACUUGCACAUCUAUCACAGUGGAUUCCAGCGGUAAAAUUCCCGUUCCAAUGGCAUCUGGAUUGCCGCGGGUGCUUGUUCUCACGUCCUCCGUGAGCAACAGCGGUCUAUGCGGCUCAUCUGUCCCCAGUACCACAGCCACUACAGCGACAACAACCACUACGGGGGCGGCCUGCGUUCAAGCAACUGCUCUGCCAGUUCUAUUCAAGGAGCUUGUGACUACUUCCUAUGGGCAAGAUAUCUACGUCUCAGGAUCGAUCAGCCAACUUGGUGCCUGGGACACUAGUAAAGCUAUUGCACUGUCUGCAAGCAGUUACACUUCUUCCAAUCCCCUGUGGCAGGCGACUAUCACCCUCCCCGUCGGAACAACCUUCCAGUACAAAUUCCUCAAGAAGACAACCGGAUCUUCAACCGUGACGUGGGAAAGUGACCCUAACCGGUCGUAUACGGUGCCAACUGGGUGUUCUGGAACUACAGCCACUGUGACGGCGAGCUGGAGAUAA